AUGAGACAGCUACUAAACAUCACCCUGUUCUUAAACAUUAUGGUCGAUACUAGGUCUCGGGGCGGUGACAUUGCGUGGGAUCGGAAAACGCCACGGACUACAUGUCUACUAUGGGAAGACAUCAAGCUCUAUUCGUUCUGGAACGAGGAGAUCGAGGCCGUCGAUCUACGCGCCAACUUUACCUUCCGACAUCUGAAAGGGAUGAAACUUGAGCCAAGCCAGUGCAAGGCUGUCCCGUUCUCGCUCUUCCCGACCGCCAUGGCCAAGGAAGACACCUUACGCUUGAUUCUUGUCAUGGCGUUAAUGGACGAUGUCUUCGAGAGCGGAUUCCAGACCUGGUCUGACUUGAUGGCUGCUCCCACCUCGAAGAACGGCAGGAUCAUACCCAUCAAGGAGAGCUUCCUAAAGCUGCCUCUACUCCGCAAGGUGCAUACCGAUAUCUUCACUCUGACGCAAGAGCCCGAGCAGCUGCGAGACUUGCAAUCGCAGCCGAAACGACUAGGUCGAGAAGACAGCUCACGGUGUACUGCCUCCGCCGUGGCGUUGCAUUCACACUCGCCCUGA